AUGGCCUCCUCAAACGAGAACCAGGGCUUGAGCAAGUAUAUCACUCUCAUAUCCAGCGAUAACUUCGAGUUCGUGCUGCUGCGCGAGGCCGCUUGUACCAGCGGCGCCAUCAAGAGGAUGCUGGAUCCCAAGAGCAGCUUCAAGGAAUCCACCGACGGGAGAUGCUACUUUGCAGAGAUCAAUGGCAUCGUUCUUGAAAAGGUAGCUGAAUACUUCUACUAUAACUACAAGAACCGCAAUCGAGAGGAUGUGCCCGACAUGGCUAUUCCUCCCGAGUUGUGCUUGGAGCUAUUGAUGGCGGCGGAUUUCCUCGAUAUUGAUGGCAGAACAACCUUCCCUCAUGAUCAAACCACUAUCUGUAUGCUGAACAGGGUGUGGGUUUCUACGAGGAGACAUUCCCAGGACCCAGGACCAGAUUCUGCACCUCUCGUGCUGUUUCCGCAGUCGCACAAGGCCGAUUUUCUCUUCCCCAUGGUUAUCAUUCCGGUGAUUGAAGCUACUUUUUUCUACCUGCAAUACACCAGCGCAUCAGUAGUGCCCUUGCUUGGAAAAUAUACACUGUAG